AUGUUGCGGCCGGCAACCCCCAUGUCGCUGCUGCUGCUAGCGGCCUUCGCCCUGAUGCUGCUGUCAACUCUGUCGACCCCCAUCAUCAAGGCUAUCCCGCUCGGCAGCUUUCAGGGCGUCAACUUUGGAGUUUUCGGCGUUUGCAAGGCCGACGGCUCAUGCACCGGCAUCGAAAUCGGAUAUGACACUUCUGGACUGUUUCAAAAGUCGGGCGCCUUUGACCUCCCGGACUCGGCCCGAAACACUCUUUCCGCCAUUCUGAUCGUGCAUCCUAUCGCCGCCCUGACGACACUCAUCAUGUUCAUCAUGGCUGCCGUCGCUCACCUUCACUCACCAUCUCACUCCGCUCGCUACCUUCUCGUUGUCUUCAUCUUCUCCUUCAUCGACUUUCUCAUCUGCCUCUUGGCCUUCCUCGUCGAUGUCCUCCUCUUCGUGCCUCACAUGGCCUGGGGCUCCUACAUCGUUCUUGCCGCCACUAUACUGGUGGGCAUGAGCGGCUUGGUCUCCUGCGCCAUGCGGCGUAUGCUGGUCACCAGGAAAGCGAGAAAGAAGAGGAUCGCCGAAAAUGCUGAAAUGAGUGGUGAGAACUAUUACAAUCGCGAAGCUCAAACCAAGACCGCCACUUCUGUUGCUUCUCAGCCGACUGUUCCCGUCGUCACUGGUGGAAACGGCAUCGACAAAAUGCCCACCUUUGCGUCUUUCGAUUCACAGAAGAAGGACGACCAAGUCAGCGAUGAGCGAAUUCCUCUCACAGCCCGGAGCCCGGUCGACAGGAACCAGGGCAACAUGAUGGGCGUUGAUGGUUACGCCAACGCUCCCCCCUCAAGAUCCGGCUCUGCUCCCCCUAUCAACAGAGAUCCUUACGGAAACCCCAUGCCUGGACCCGAUGGCUACGGUCCUAGAAGAGGGCCUUCGCAAGAACGUAUGCGGGGCAGAGGUGGUAUGCCUCCUGGAGGACCCAGAGGACGCGGCGGAGGCAGAGGCGGAUACAAUGGCUACGGCCCUCCGCCUGGAAGAGGUGGCUACGGGCCCCCGGGACGCGGAGGCUACGGCCCUCCUCCGGGUGGUAGGGGUGGGUACGGACCACCGCCCCGUGGAGGCUACGGCCCUGGUGGCAUGAGAGGCGGACGACCUCCCCCACCAGGCUACCAGAAUAAUGCAGGACCUUACGACCGGAGACCUAGCCCGGCCAAUGCUUAUGGCGCCCCCGCUCCCGGUCCUUACGGACGCAGCGGUUCAGAAUCGGCGCCAAGCUACACUGCGACCAACACAAACCCAUCUCUCCCGAGUAUCCCCCAACAACAAGGAUAUGAGGCAUACAACCCUGAUCGGAACAGCCUACCGAGGGCUGAGUCACCCCCGCCUCUGCCUGGCGACGCGCCAGCCCCGAUGGUUGGCCAAGCUGUCGAGAUGGACGCGAGAACAGGCAGCCCUGCCCAGCCGCCUCCGGGCUUCGGGCAGUUCAGAGAUAGUGAUGCUGACAUUGCCGGCAUGGUCGGACUGCAACAAGGCGGUGGUAACAGGUCUAAUCCUCAGAGGCAUGACACCUACAUGACCCCCAUCAAGAAACGCCUCCCCGCUCUCGCGUGCUGA